AUGCCUCCAAGUAGCAUUCUAUCACUUAUAAAUGAAAAUUCUACAAAGGAAUUUCGAAUGGAAGAUUAUGACCUGAACCCUAAAACGGGUUUUCUUCCCUUAACACCACCUCUAGGGCGCCUACCUCAUAUUUACUAUGAGCCAUGGGAACAGCUGAUGGACAAUUUUCACGAUUUAAUCAGACUCAAUAAGCAGCAACAACCUUACCUACAUAAAAUACGCAAAAAUAUGCCUGAUCCACAUCGGAGAUUUCUCGAGGAUCUUUCCAAAGUUGCCAAUAUUCGUAAUUACAUUAUUUCGAGCUCGAACUAUGCAAUUUCUUCAUCAGGAGAAAUUAAUGAAAUAUAUGAUUUGGUUCAAGCAUAUAAUGAUUGUUUGACUCAAAUGAGGAAUUUUAGAAAUAAGCAUCUACAAAUAGUCAGCGCAUACAUUGUGAUCCAGGCAAAUCGCGAUAACUCACGCUUCAAAUCUAUUCCAUCAAAUAGCGAAGAUUCAAAGACGACUACCACAACUACCACGAUAAACCAAUCAACAAGCAAAAAGUCAACUAUUCCAAUUAAAAUGUUGCAAUCAAUCAAAGGUACUGGCGGAACAAACCUAAUUCCGUUUUUAAAACAAAUGAGAAAUGAGACAAAGGCUCAAGAAAUUCUGGAUUGA